AUCCCGGAAGAACAGCCACGUCUCCGCGAACUUGCAGUGGCACUGUCUUUUCAGUUUAUUAUAUGUGUUUUGGUUGCCUCUUGUGUAAAACCGUCUUCUCAGCCAUAAAACACGUUUUAUUUUCUAAAAGAUUGUAUUGAGAAGCAUUUAUAAAGUAAUAUUGCUAGACACAAAAUGGCUGAUUUAGAAGGUGCUUUUCAAAUGUCACUGCUGCACCCAAACCUUGAAGGUGUAACACUUCAGUAUGGAACAGCUGGAUUUCGAACUAAAGCAGAAGAACUCGAUCAUGUCAUGUUCAGGAUGGGUCAGUUAGCUGUUUUAAGAUCCAAGAAAACCAAAUCCACAAUUGGUGUCAUGGUCACUGCAUCUCACAAUCCUGAGGAAGACAAUGGUGUAAAAUUAGUAGAUCCAUUGGGAGAAAUGCUUGCUUCAGCAUGGGAAGAAUAUGCAACGCAGUUGGCCAAUGCAGAAGAAAACCAACUUACUGUUAUUUUAGAAAAAAUAAUUCAAGAAGAAAAAAUUGAAAUGCAUAUAGGAGCUUUUGUAGUGGUCGGGAGAGACACCAGGCCAAGUAGUUUGAAGCUUUCCCAGGCUGCUAUUGAUGGAAUAAUUUCACUAGGAAGUAAACAUAAAGAUUAUGGUCUUGUUACAACACCACAGCUUCAUUAUAUUGUUUGUUGCCACAACACAAAUCAGAUGUAUGGCACUGCUAGUGUCGAAGGAUAUUAUGUGAAGCUCUCAACAGCAUUUUUGGAGCUCGCAAAACAGACCCCAAAUCGCACAGAUGACCAUAAACACCUGAAAGUGGAUGGUGCGAAUGGUAUUGGAGCGCUUAAACUUAAAGAAAUGGAAAAUUAUCUACAGAAGGAAUUGCUCACCUCUCUGUACAAUGAUGGCACUGCAGGAAAGCUCAAUCACCUUUGUGGAGCAGAUUAUGUCAAAGUCCAGCAGAAGCCUCCAAAAGGUAUACAGAUGAUGGCCGGAGAACGUUGUUGUUCAUUUGAUGGGGAUGCUGAUCGUAUUGUCUAUUAUUACAAUGAUGAUGCUGGCCUGUUUCAUCUGCUUGAUGGAGAUAAAAUUGCUACCUUGAUAAGUACCUUUCUGAAGGAGCUCCUUACAAAAGCUGAUCUCCAUCUUCAAGUAGCAGUGGUGCAAACUGCAUAUGCAAAUGGAAGCUCAACACGCUACCUUGAGGAAACAAUGAAGGUUGAAGUGCAUUGUGCAAAAACAGGAGUGAAACACUUGCAUCACAAAGCCCAGCAGUUUGAUGUUGGUGUUUACUUUGAAGCCAAUGGUCAUGGGACUGUUUUGUUCAGUAAGGAUGCCCAGAAGAAGAUACAACAGCUUGUAGAAAAUCCAAAUGUAAAUAAAGAUCAAAGAAAUGUAGCUAAAUUAUUGAUGAAUACUUUAAAUAUAAUUAAUCAGACAGUAGGGGAUGCUAUUUCAGAUAUGCUGCUAAUUGAAGCUAUUCUAGCCUUGAAAGGCAUGACUGUUCAGCAGUGGGAUGCCAUUUACACAGACCUUCCAAACAGACAACUCAAAGUCAAGGUAGCUGAUAGGAGAGUGAUUGAUACGACUGAUGCAGAGAGACGAGCAGUAAGUCCUCCUGGACUUCAGGAAGCAAUUGACAAUUUGGUCCAAAAGUACAAUCUCUCCAGGGCUUUUGUGCGGCCGUCUGGGACUGAAGAUGUUGUCCGGGUUUAUGCUGAGGCUGACACUCAGAGAAAUGCAGACUUGCUGGCACACGAAGUCAGUCUGGCUGUAUAUAAGCUGGCAGGAGGAGUCGGUGAAGAGCCGAAAGCUGUAUGGAGCUGACCAUCCAUUCCAAGCAAUAGCUGUUGUGUUGUACUGGCCAUCUAAAAUGGGGGUCUACAUCUGCUUCUGAGAUCAGUUGAUUGGUUUUACAAAUUUGGUUUCACUUACUGAUCUUUCUGGGAUUUUUUUUUUUCCUGGUAUAGUAUUUCCUGUGAGACUGCAGCCAUUUACUACUUGUCAGAUGUUUAUUACUUUAUCCAGCAAAUGAAUAUCUUUAAAAUGAACAGUGGUUUUAAUAAGUUCAAUGUUUACUCUAUGGGCUACUUUUUAUAUUAGUAAUUAUGGCAAAAGGCACUUUUUUAGCAUUUUGUAAUCAAAGAUGAGGUUGACAUCAAUCUAAACAUACUAUACAUUUCCUAGUCUUAAUAUACCGAGCAGAUUGUGUUUAAUAUGUACAGAAUUACCAGUCAUUUUGGAAAGCGCUGUUUACAUUUUCAUACUGCAAUAAUGCUUUUAUUUAGUGAGGUCCAAAAGACUUUGAUAAAAAACGCAGUGUAUAGCACCAGAAGAGUUCCACAACUGCGAGUGGGGACCAAACUUGGUAGAACAUUUGUAUUAAUGUGCACUACGUGGACAGUUUUAAUAAGCUGAUCAGAUGGUUAAAUGAAUUUAGAAGUACCUUUGUUGUUCUACUGUAUAUUAGAUACAGUAUAUUAGCAAUCAAAUAUGAGCUGCAAUGCAAAAGAAACAUUAUGAAACACUUACUGAACUACAUAACUCUCCAAAUAUUCUGUGGGUCCCUUUAAUUACAGGCAGUGGCCCAUUCACUCCAUACAUGAAGCUGCAGUGUCGUGUCUAAGCGCAAACGGCUGAACGAUGGGUACACUCCGUCGAUCAAGUCUUAACAUUACACACAAGUGAAGUGCUCUCCUUACACUGGCGAUGGCCUGCAAGGUUUACAACUGUCUCUUUAGAUGUCUCAUGCAUUUUUAAAAUGUCAUAUGUAUAUUUUUUUUACAAUAAUCAAAUUUUUCUGUGAAUAAAUACACAGCUACCUUUCUGAAAGCAUUAUUGCAUAAUUAUGUGUGCUGGCUUAUGUAUGUGGAUGACCUAAUCAGUAAAUAAAGUAUAUUCAUUGCAAAGAAUUUAAAAA